UCAGUUUUAAUAGAAAGCUGUUACACAAAGUUUUUAAAAUCAUAAACUUUUGUGGGGUGACUCAUCUAUUCAGUAGAGGAUCUUUGGUGUACAAGUCUGACAUAUAAAAGCAAACUGAUGUUAAUGCCAUUCCAAUUGUUCACUCGACACAUAUUCUGAAAUUUUAGGUGCCAUUUUCUUUUUGUCACUGGAUCAUUUUUUUCUCUUUCUUUAUCAAGGGUUCAACAAUGUCAGAUGAUGAUUACACACCAGCAUGCAUGCCGCCCAAGGCAGAGGCAAAGCCCAAAUGCAAGAUUUCAGCCUCCCGCAAGCUCUCCCUGAAGAUCCUCUUGCUGGCUCGUGCCAUGGAAGAGCUGGAGGCAGAGAAGGCAGCACAAGAGGAAGCAAAGGUUCACUACCUGGGAGAGAAGCUUCCACCCCUGCAGCUGGCAGGUUUGAAUUUGGAUGACCUACAGAAACUCUGUAAGCAGAUUCAUGCAAAGAUUGAUAUGGUGGAUGAGGAGCGGUACGACUGCGAGGCCAAAGUCAUCAAGAACAACAGAGAUAUCAAUGAACUGAAUCUAAAGGUGCAGGACCUCGGAGGGAAGUUCAAGAAGCCAGCUCUGAGAAAGGUGAGAGUCUCGGCAGAUGAGAUGAUGAGAGCUCUCUUUGGGUCCAAGAGCAAGGGCUCCAUGGACCUGAGGGCAAACCUCAAGUCUGUGAAGAAAGAGGACAUCAAACAAGAGAAGGAGCUGACCAUGGAGGUGGGUGACUGGCGUAAGAAUGUGGAGGCCAUGUCUGGUAUGGAGGGCAGGAAGAAGAUGUUUGAUGCAUGAUGUUAGGGGGUAAAUUCAAAUUAAAUAAUGGAAAUAUAAUGUUCUUCAACAAAAAUGCAUGACUUUAAAAAAGAAAAACAAAAGAUAAGCAUUAAAUUAUGCCUGGGAGGCUCAUAUUUCACGAAGCUCAGCAGUGACAUGCUGUAAAUUCACCCGACAACAUUAUUUAAUGCAUUGGACUUUUCCCCUUGCAUUUAGAUGCUGCCAGUGUUUUGGUGGAAGUGUAACAAUACACAUGACUUCAUUGUAGGUUUUUAUUCUCUUCUCAAAAAGUGCAUUUGUAAAAUAGCAUUGUGAAUCCAUGGUAUAUUACUGCCCUGAUAAUGCUAUUAUGUACUAUUAUGUAAACAAGCUGUACUACAAGUUGUAUGUAAGUGUUGUACAUAUUGCCUCUUUUUUUGUUUCACUUACACAUUUUCACAAUGGAUUUGAAGCAAUGUGUAAAAUACAGUCAGUAAUUGCGGCAUGUGGUAUUGCUGCACAGAGCAUUUGUACUGCUGGUCGGACUUACAAGGAUGAGAAUAUUGCAACAAAUCCUAUAGGUUCAAUGUUGAAUUUCAUUUGUAAGUGCAGCAGACUUGACAUUGCACUUGUACACUCAUGAAAAGGGUAUCGUAACUGCCUUGUGUCUCCGCUAAGCUAUGCCAUUGACUUACGAUGGCAAAGAACCAAAGAUAUUUUCUGUCAGAGCCAGGAUAUACUUAGACUUUCUUCUUGUCUGGAAUGAAUUCCUCUCCAGUAAUAAUGUAAGCACCAUCACACACGCUAGUAACUGUCCUUGGACUGACAUCAAAGAGUGUCAGUAAGACGAAUGUUGAAUGAUGGAGGGUGAGCAUCUGUGCACAUACAGUAUGUCCCUGUGUCAAUGCCAGCAACAGUCCCGUUAUUGUUAUUCUUACUGUGCCGAGCAUUUUCACCACCACUGUUAAAGCUUAAAAUAGUCAUCAUGCUCCACAGUUGUACCGUUGUCUCUCUUCUCAAACUUGUGUUUCUACUAAAUUGUCUUCUCGAGAGAGCGUUGGCUGAAAGGCCUCUGAAAUCAUCACACACUUGGAAGAGAUUCAUCAUCUUGUUGCGGGUUUACCCAAAACUGCAGGGACCCAUGCCAGAAUAUAGUCACCUUUGAGUGCAAUUGGAUCAUAUUGAAAUUAUUCGUGUUUUCACUACCCUUCGGGUGGGAUUAAAAAUAGUCAAAGAUCCACUAGCCAAGGACUCACACCCAGUGUUGUAACCAACAAUGUGGAUGUCCAUGUUUUUUGCUAUCGGCUGUGUGUGCUGUUCUGUGAUGUUUGUAAUGCAAAGUUCCUCCAAUAUGUCAAAUUAGCUGCAUCUCACAAACCUUCAGCUACAGCCAAUAUCCCCGUGACCUUUGCAUCAAUAAGUCCAACAUUGUUCAAGAUCCCUGGUCCCACUGGUAUUGUGAAUGCCAAAGCUGAAUGAAAAACUACAUAACACUGUUAAACAUAGUGGUCAAAAUACAAAUCAUUGUUUUGCACAUGACUGUGCUCUGUUGCUGCCUACACUGAGAGUUUAGGCAGCAUGUUUUCUGUACCACUGCUGCUUAGUUAAGAAUCAGA